AGCGUUGCUUCCGGAAUGACGGAGCUGUCACCUGUCGGUGGAAUUGUCAUCUGUCAGCCUUCUUUCCGGUCCAAAAUGUCGUUCACCAAGUUUGUGGAGACGGGUCGCGUCGCCAAGUGCGCGGUUGGAAAAUACAAGGGACGCCUUGUGUGCAUUGUCAAUGUGAUUGACCAAAAUCGGGUUCUGAUCGAUGGACCUACCAGCGGUGUUCCCCGGCAACAGUACGCCGUCAACCAUCUGCAUCUGACGAAGUUCCGUGUACGCUUCCCGCACACUGCCCGUACCCGUCUGGUGCGCGAUGCUCUCGUGAAGUUCGACAUCAAGAAGAAGUUUGCCGAAACCAGAUGGCACGAACGGGCCGCCGCUAAGUACAAGCGCUUCAACAUGACCGAUUUCGAUCGCUUCAAGCUGCGUCUGGCUCGCCGUGAACGUAACCGCGUCGUGAGCGCUCAGUACAAGAAGAUGAAGAAGGUGGUCGUCAGCAACGGUAUGCUGUUCGGUAAGCCCCGCAAGGGAACGAAACCGCUGCCAUCGAAGCGCGAAAAGAAGCCCGAGGACGCGAAGAAGAAGAAGAAGGUGCGUCCGGCCAAGAAGGGCGCUGCUGCGGCUCCGGCCAAGAAGAAGUGAGCGGUUUGGCAAAUAAUAUCUACGUUCGGGAGUGUGUAUAAUUAUUAAAAAACCGUUCAGACUACAACAAAAAAAAAAAACACAUAAAACAACAAAACUAAGUCGUCCUACCGAUCCAUCAUUCACAUUCAAUUGGAGAAAGUAAUGGAAGGAGAGAAGGAAAAAGGAAGUAAAGAAAGAUCACACACAAUA